CUUGACAUGCGCGUUGCGAGUGACGUUGCACGCAGGCCUGAGGCGAAGCAGACGGUGGGCUGGUGAGUGGCAAUUGGGGUUGAAGGUCGGUCGCUGCCACCUCAGGGUGUAGGGCUGGGUCCCUGCCUGUGUGUGUAACUGGAUCCCCCUGCUCCAUAGCGCUGCAUCGGCGAGCCGGUAGCCUCCGCAUCUCUGCGCCUAUGGGUUUCAGGAACACAGAGAUGGCACCGUGCCCACUGGCCUCUUCCUUCUGCGACCGUAGCUAUUCGACAGUUCUGAAGUAAUCGGGCCAAGGCUGAGCCAACCUGCUUUGCUGCUGAACAUUUCUACAUCAGGGAUCACCAGCCUGGGCAGAGAUGUUCCGGAAGAACCUGUUGGAUUUGGCAGGCCGGGGGGCCCUGAAGCCCGUACCGGUUAGUCUGUCGCUGCUGCCCAUACGUUCUCGCUCCACUUCUGCCACAGACCAGAACCACGUUGAACUGGCGAGGGAGCGCUCCAAAACAGUCACCUCUUUCUAUAACCAAUCCGGCAUUGAUAUUUCAGCAGAGAAGGCCUCUGUCCGCCUCACUCCAACCACUAUGCUGUACUCAGGGAGGUCUCAGGAUGGCAGCCAUAUUCUGAAAAGCGCUCGCUACUUGUACAAGGAGCUCCCGGUCCGGAUUUCCCAUCGCAUCAAAGGCUUCCGCAGUCUCCCGUUCAUCAUCGGCUGCAACCCAACGAUCCUGCACGUGCACGAGCUGUACAUCCGAGCCUUCCAGAAGCUCAGCGAGUUCCCUCCGAUCUCUAACCACGAGACGGAGAGCCAGUACUGCAAGCUCCUGCGCCAGCUGCUCGAUGAUCACAAGGAUGUGGUGACUCAGUUGGCCGAGGGGAUGAGGGAGAGCAGGAAACACAUCCAGGAUGAGAAAGUCAUCAGAUAUUUCUUGGAUAAGACUUUAACGUCGCGCCUGGGCAUCCGGAUGUUGGCAACGCACCACCUGGCUCUGCACGAGGACCGGCCAGACUUUGUUGGCAUUAUCUGCACCCGCCUCUCACCUAAGAAGAUCAUUGAGAAAUGGGUGGACUUUGCCAGGCGUCUGUGUGAGCACAAGUACGGGAAUGCCCCCCGAGUCCGCAUUAAUGGUCACGUUGCCGCUCGAUUCCCUUUCAUCCCCAUGCCGCUGGAUUACAUUCUCCCGGAGCUGCUCAAAAACUCCAUGCGGGCCACCAUGGAAAGCCAUAUUGAAACGCCCUACAACGUCCCGGACAUUUCAAUUACCAUCGCCAACAACGACAUUGACUUCAUAAUCCGGAUCUCAGACCGAGGAGGUGGGAUCCCACAUGAUCACAUGGAGCGGGUAAUGGAUUACCACUUCACCACGGCAGAGACCAGCGCUCAGGAUCCCCGCAUCAACCCGAUUUUUGGGAACAUGGUGGACAUGGUGAACAGCGGCCAAUCAGGCCCUAUGCACGGUUUCGGCUUUGGCCUGCCCACGUCCCGGGCCUACGCGGAGUAUCUGGGCGGCUCCCUGUGCAUCCAGUCUCUGCAGGGCAUCGGCACGGACGCCUACCUGCGGCUCAAGCACAUCGACGGCAAAGAGGAGAGCUUCCGCAUCUGAGCACAGACUGCCGGAGGGGAAGAACAGCACCGGCGGGGGCUGCCUGCCCAGUGGCUCUUGGGAAAUUAUCCUUAACCCUUUCCAUACCUUCUUUGUUCCCCUGCUAGAGAAUUCCACCCCCCACGACUGUGUUCCUUGGCAUUAAAGUGACACCGCCAGUGUCUUCAAGAAUCGCUCAAGGCUCCAUGUUACGCCCAGUGGUUUCCUACCCAAUAACCUCUUGGCAUGGAAUUUGACUGCUCUCCUCCCAUUGGCCAGUGUGACAGGGAAGGGCCAACCCUCCACCCUUUUGCUGAUGUAGGCAAGCGUCUGUUACCAAGAGCAGUCUUUGUAUUGCAGUAAAGAGGCUUCGGAUUGGGCCCUUACGUUUAGACUUGAUCAGUACGCCCAUUGGUUCCCUAUCCAAUGACCUCUUGGCAUGGAAUUUGACUGCUCUCCUCCCAUUGGCCAGUGUGACAGGGAAGGGCCAACCCUCCACCCUUUUGCUGAUGUAGGCAAGCGUCUGUUACCAAGAGCAGUCUUUGUAUUGCAGUAAAGAGGCUUCGGAUUGGGCCCUUACGUUUAGACUUGAUCAGUACGCCCAUUGGUUCCCUAUCCAAUGACCUCUUGGCAUGGAAUCCGACUGCUCUCCUCCCAUUGGUCAGUGUGACAGGGAAGGGCCAACCCUCCGCCCUUUUGCUGAUGUAGGCAAGCGUCUGUUACCAGAAGUAGUCUUUGUAUUGCAGUAAAGAGGCUUCGGAUUGGGCCCUUACGUUUAGACUUGAUCAUUGAAUCCUUAUGGUCUCAACCAAUGAUAAAACACAGACAUGGAAUAAUGCAUCUCCCGGUAACUAACUGGCGACUGUGACUAUUUUCCCUUUCUGUCAGGGGAUUCCUGGCCCUUGGGCUUUAGCUGAACUUGCUACCGACCUGCCUGCUUGGAAUACUGGCGGCUGCUAAAACGACCCUGUCAUGGCAAGUACAUUACUGUCACCUUGAGCCCAGUCCUAACUGGCGAGUGUGUGAAGCCCCUCCCUUCCCUGUGUGACAACGGUUUCUUAUCAUGGGCCCAGUUGGUCUGAUCCAAAGCUUUGCAGUAAUAUAUAGUGUGGGCCACUCACUGUGCCCGUGGGCAACCCAUAUAUUGUGUUUUAUUUGCAGUAUGCACCUCAGCCGUGACCUCAGGAACACUACAUAUAUAUCUAUGUUAUAUAGUGAAUAAAGUACCCCCUAUUGUAAAAUAUAAGGAUAUUAUCAGUCAACGAAGAGUUCAAUGACCAUAUCCUUAUAUUUUACAACAGGGGGUACUUUAUUUAUUUAUAAUAGACAAGUUUUAGUUAGUCAUGUGACAGAAAUUACAUCACUAAGCUCCGAUUAUAACCGAUGAGAUCACUAAGCACCGAUUAUAAGGAUAUAAUUUACAGUUUGGUCCCAUAGGGAAACGAUCAUACUGUAUAUUAUACUAUGUACGUUGUGUUGCAGUCAGAUGGAAGCUGGUUAUUACUGUGUCUCUGCGUGGGAGGGUAAUAAAUACCGUGCAAAUACCCCCCCCACCACCAGCUGCUGCUUCCAGUCAUGUGACCCAGUGCCCAAGGAGACCUUUCCCAAUUAACCCUCCGCUUGGGAUUGCAGAAUCGAUGCAUUAGCAUUUAAAUUAUUGCUUUUACCAAAAAGAAGCAGAAGAAAGAAAUAAUAGGCUUUAUUAUUAGUAGUAGUAAGUGGAGUCUGCGUUCUUUCCUCCUGUGGCGCCCCCAGCUGGCCAGUGUGUGCAGUCGCUUUUAUCCAACGGACAGGAUUUUAUUGUUACAGUGACAUUUGUCAGUAAUAGAGACACAGAGAAAUAAAUCUGCCCCUUUGGGCACUGAGGGCAAAUUUAAAGGAUAAGUUAAGCCAACGUGAUGCUCUCGGAUGGAUUCAUUUACAUUCAAACAUCAAGCCAAUGCCUGCAGAGUGUGACAUUCUUUGUCCCGCCCCCUACCAGGGGGUCCCGCCCCCAUAACCGUGAACCUGGAGACUGUGCAAGGGUGAGGAAAUGGAGGGCAAACUUACGGACUUGUACGUUUUCUUAUUUUAUGGCCUUUUUUAAAAAAAAAAAAAAAAAA